GCCUCCUGUCCAUGGCCAACUCUGGUCCAAAUACCAAUGGUUCCCAGUUCUUCCUGACCUGUGAUAAGACAGAUUGGCUGGAUGGCAAGCACGUGGUGUUUGGGGAGAUCACUGAAGGCAUGGAUGUCUUGCGGCAGAUUGAGGCUCAGGGCAGCAAAGAUGGGAAGCCAAAGCAGAAGGUGAUCAUCGCUGACUGUGGAGAGUACCUGUGAGGCUGUGCUCUCCCUGCUGUUCUGUGGGACAAGGAAGGAGCUGCCUGGCCUUGGAGGCACAGGUGUGAGGUGACCGUGAAGCAAGCUUGUGUGUGGCCCAAGCCCUUCAGGGUUGGCUUCCUCGACAACAGCUCCACUAUAGUGUGAUCUGCCCUGUCUUCCUCUGAGCUCUUUCCCUGGGCGUAGCUGGGGGUCUGAAACCACAGGUGUCGCCCCACCCCUCACCAUGGUCAGCUGUGUCUGGUCACUGGUUCUCCAGACAUGUGCUGCCACAGCCUGUCCUGGACCGUCUAGCUACUGGGUGGCUUCUUUGCUAAAAUAAACUGGUUUUUUUUUGUACUGUUGCGUGCA